GCAGAGAUGCUCUAUCAGGAAGUGGGUUUGAGGAGCUGCACAGCUUCCUGCCCCCCCCACCCAGAGCUGAGUGGGGCGAGAAGGGCGAGUGCCAGUCUGGGCCACGAGACACAGCUUCUUGCCAGGGUCCUGGCAGCUUCCUCUUCCACAGCCACUUCCGUGUGGCCGGGGCCCCAGUGGCAGGAGCCACUGCCCCUUGCCUAGGCCACCCUCCACCCCCAGUUUGGAGCCCUGCCCCUCUGGGGCUGGGCCAGGCCCAGGGCCAGCUGGGAUCCUAUGGGGGACUGGUAGGGCAAAGGUCUUGGGGAACAGAGGUGGCUGGGCCAGGGUCCUGGGGCUCUGGCCAUGAAGUCUCGGCAGAAAGGAAAGAAGAAGGGCAGCUCGAAGGAGCGGGUGUUCGGCUGUGACCUGCAGGAGCACCUGCAGCACUCAGGCCAGGAGGUGCCCCAGGUACUAAGGAGCUGUGCAGAGUUUGUAGAGGAGUAUGGAGUGGUGGAUGGAAUCUACCGCCUCUCAGGGGUCUCCUCCAACAUCCAGAAGCUCCGGCAGGAGUUUGAGGCAGAAAGGAAGCCAGACCUGCGGCGGGAUGUUUAUCUCCAGGACAUCCACUGCGUGUCCUCCCUGUGCAAGGCCUACUUCAGAGAACUGCCAGAUCCCCUGCUCACUUACCGGCUCUAUGACAAGUUUGCUGAGGCUGUGGCAGUGCAAUUAGAGCCUGAGCGCUUGGUCAAGAUCCUAGAGGUGCUUCGAGAACUCCCUGUCCCAAACUACAGGACCCUGGAGUUCCUCAUGCGGCACUUGGUGCACAUGGCCUCGUUCAGUGCCCAGACCAACAUGCAUGCCCGCAACCUGGCCAUCGUGUGGGCCCCCAACCUGCUAAGGUCUAAGGACAUAGAGGCCUCAGGCUUCAAUGGGACGGCAGCCUUCAUGGAAGUGCGUGUGCAGUCCAUCGUCGUUGAGUUCAUCCUCACACAUGUGGACCAGCUCUUUGGGGGUGCCUCCCUCUCUGGUGGUGAGAUGGACAGUGGAUGGCGAUCACUUCCAGGGGCCCGGGCAUCAGGCAACCUUGAGGACCAUAUGCCCAGGUCCCUACCUUACCAUCUGCCUAGCAUCCUACAGGCUGGGGAUGGACCCCCACAGUUGCGGCCCUACCAUACUAUCAUUGAGAUUGCAGAGCACAAGAGGAAGGGAUCUCUGAAGGUCAGGAAGUGGAGAUCUAUCUUCAAUCUAGGUCGUUCUGGUCAUGAGACAAAGCGUAAACUUCCACGGGGAGCUGAGGACAGGGAGGACAAAUCCAAUAAGGGGACACUGCGGCCAGCCAAGAGUAUGGACUCACUGAGUGCUGCAGCUGGGGCCAGUGACGAGCCAGAGGGGCUAGUGGGGCCCACCAGCCCCCGGCCUAGCCCACUGCUGCCUGAGAACAUGGAGAAUGAUUCUUUGGAGGCAGCAGAGGGUGAACAAGAGCCAGAGGCAGAAGCACUGGGUGGCACAAACUCAGAACCAGGCACACCACGAACUGGGCGGUCAGCCAUCCGGGGUGGGGGCAGCAGCCGUGCAGAGCGCUGUGCUGGUGUCCACAUCUCGGACCCCUACAACGUCAACCUCCCACUACACAUCACCUCUAUCCUCAGUGUGCCCCCAAACAUCAUCUCUAACGUCUCCUUGGCCAGGCUCACUCGUGGUCUCGAGUGCCCUGCUUUACAGCACCGGCCAAACCCUGCCUCUGGCCCCGGCCCUGGCCCUGGCCUUGGCCCUGGCCCCCCAGAUGAGAAGUCAGAGGCAAGUCCAGCCCCAGAUUCCCUGGCUGACUCAGACCCAGCAGACCUGGCUCCUGCCCUGGAGGACUCCCUGUCCCAGGAGGUGCAGGAUUCCUUCUCCUUCCUAGAGGACUCAAGCAGCUCAGAGCCUGAGUGGGUGGGGGCGGAGGCUGGGGAGGUGGCCAAGGCAGAAGCGGCAGGAGCAGCCUUCUCCCCUGGGGAGGACGACCCUGGGAUGGGCUACCUGGAGGAGCUCCUAGGAGUUGGGCCUCAGGUGGAGGAGUUUUCCGUGGAGCCACCCCUGGAUGACCUGUCUCUGGAUGAGGCGCAGUUUGUCCUGGCUCCCAGCUGCUGUUCCUUGGACUCUUUUGACCCCAGGCCUGAAGUAGAGGAGGAAAAUGGGGAAGAAGUCUUCCUGAGUGCCUAUGAUGACCUGAGUCCCCUUCUGGGACCCAAAUCCAUGACCUGGGAGGGUGCAGGGAGUCUGGAGGAAGAGGCAGCAGGGACUGGAAAGCAGGCUCCAGGACAGGCCGAGGGAGAGCAGGCAGACCAGGAGGCUCAUCCUGGAAGCAGAUGGGACAUCAGGGAAGAGGCCGAAGGGAGUCCAGAGACUGAGGUGGAGGCAGGAAUAGCUGCUGAGGACAGAGGUGGGGCUGUGGGAAGCCAAGAGAUAAUGGUCAGUUUGAGAGAAGGCAGUGGGACAGAGACAGAGGAUCAGGAAGAAAAGUUCGAAGGUCAGAAGGAGGCUGACAGUACAGAGGAGACAAAGGGUGUGGAAGAACCAGGAGGAGAGCAGCAUGAAGACAAGGAGAAGGAAAGAGAGACUGAGAGAGAAGAGGAGGUUGAGCAAGGAGAGAAAGCCCAGCUGGAUGGAAGGGAUCCAGAGCAUGGGGCCCAGGAACACCAAGUCGCAGAGGAAAACUGGGAAGUUGUACACAAACAAGAGGCUGAGGGAGGCAGAGAGCCUGAUGAAGCCAAAGGGCAGAAGGGAAAUAGGGACCCUGAGGGAAGGGAAGACCAGGGAGAUGGUGAAGACAGCAGAAGCCCAGGAGCAGUUGAAGGAGGGGCAGGCAAAGUUAGCAAGGAACGGGAGAGUGGAGAUGGAGAGGCUGAGGGAGACCAGAGGGCCGGAGCUGACCGUUUAGAAGAGGGUACCCUCUCUGAAGUUUCAGGCAUAGAAUCCCUGGAGGUUGACUGUGCCAAAGAUGGCAACACCCAGUCUUCUGAGAUGGAACAAGUAGUCUCACAGCCACCUCGGCCAGAGGAGAUGGAGCCUGAGGGGCAGCCUAGUCCAGAGGGCUGGAAUCUGUGCCCCUGUCCCCUUGGUUCCACUGCUGGUGUGGGCAUGCGUCUGGCUUCUACCUUGGUCCAGAUCCAACAGGUCCGCUCUGUGCCUGUGGUGCCCCCCAAACCACAGUUUGCCAAGAUGCCCAGUGCAAUGUGUAGCAAGAUCCAUGUGGCACCUGCAAACCCAUGCCCAAGACCUGGCCGGCUUGAUGGGACUCCUGGGGAAAGGGUUUGGGGGUCCCGAGCUUCUCGAUCUUCUUGGAGGAAUGGGGGAAGUCUUUCCUUUGAUGCUGCUGUAGCCCUGGCCCGGGACCGCCAAAGGACUGAGGCUCAGGGAGUUCGGCGGACCCAGACCUGUACUGGGGGUGGGGACCACAGUCUCAUCUCCAGAACUUCCCCCUGUAGCAUGAUGUCUGCCCAUUCUUCACGACCCCUUAGCUGUCUAGAGCUCCCAUCUGAAGGCACAGAAGGGUCUGGACCCCGAAGUCGGCUUAGUCUGCCCCUCAGAGACCCUCAACCUCCUGACCCCCUUUUGUCCCCUCAGCGCAGAUCAUAUGCAUUUGAAACACAGGCUAACCCUGGGAAAGAUGAGGGACUAUGAUUAGGACCAGAGCCCUGGGCAAAAGGGACCAGUAUAUUGUCUUGACUCUCCAGGGUCCCUGACUAGCUGUCUCUUCUGCAGCCUGAGCAGCAGUAAUGCCCAACGCUGUAGUCUCCGGCUCUCCCAGCUUCCCUUUUGACUGUAGGAGGCACUGCCUUGGUUUGUUUACUUGAGGUUGUCUCAGACACAAAGCACUUAUCUCUUAGGAGAUUCACCAAGAUCCUAUUCCCAGGGAGUGGGUUCAUUGGCCAAAGGAAACAUAGGGUAGGCAGAAAAUUUGAGUUUCUCAAAGUGAGGCAGGAACUUCCAGCCAAGUUCUUGCCCUCCUCUCAGGCUGUGAAUUUCUCUUCAUUGACACCGAGGGUAAAGAUGGGGAGGACAGUCCCAGAUCAGAGCCUUCCAUAUACUCCUAGAGUUACCCAUCCUUGUUCUAUACCUUAACACUCAGAUACCUCCCAGUCCUUCUAGCUCACAUCAGAAGGAACAUGUCCAGGAAGGUCUUUGAAGCUCUAGGUGUUUGUUAGAGGGAUUGGACCCCUCUUCAGCUCCCCUACCCUCUGUCUCUAGGUGCCCUUGGAAGAGGGAUCUUGCACAGAACUCUCUGGCCUCUCAUUUUCCCUUUGAAAUAACUUCCACCUAUUUCGGGAAAGGGGAAUGGUGUUCUUCAUCACCUGGGACUGCAUCUCCAGACAGGCUGGGGUCAUGGGUCCCAUUCUAGUAGGGAUCAAUGUCUCAGAAUAAAAGCUGUAUUUUUACA